AUGGCCACUCUGCCCAAAGCGUUCAUUGGACCUGGUUUGCAACGGUGUCUCGUUUACGGUGGGGAGCUAUACUUUGCAGCCCGGCCAGAGGACACAGCUGGUUGUUCCAUCAAGCCUCGGAAGCGGAAGCUGGUGAGUGCUUUGCAGCGCACAACGCCUGCAGAGGAUGCCGCUCCCAGCGAUCAGAGCGCGGCUCACCAGCUACAGCACGCUGCUGAGACUAGCAAUCGGAGGCUGACCCAUGCCCUUGUGAAGCAACAGGAGCUGGAGUCUGCUGUUAUCUGGGACAAGAGCCUGCACCUUGCAUCGCAGGCUUGCAGCUCGAGGCCAGAUCUCUUUUCUCGUGCUGUCAUGCGCUGCUUUACAGAGGGUGGGGCCCGCCGCAGCGAGGCACGCCUGCUGGACGAGUUGGCAAAUGUGUUCAUAGAGAGCCUGGUGGUUUACGGGAGCCCGUUAGGCAACCUCCCUCCACUGGAAACCUGGCCCGCCCCGUGCCUUUUGACGUGGAGGGUUGACGGCUCAAACUACACUGCCCCUCGGUCGGGCCAAGGCUUAGCAGAGUAUCUGGGUUAUGUGGCCGACGACGAGUGGCAUGUGGUCGAGCAGCAGAGUGCUUGGAUGCGCUGCCUGAAGCCGGCCCUGCCGCGCUUCGUUUGGCUGCAUGUCAAGGAGUUGUUGGUGAGGCAAAAGAAGGCGUUGGACCUGUUGGUUAGGGGCCAAUCUGCGGAGCAGUUUGCGUCUGUCUCGCUGAACAAUGCAGAGAGAGAAGCAGCCCAGCGGCGCAACAGGCUGGGCAACUACCAAGAUAACACCCUGCUCGAAUUGGAACAGAGGGUCCGCCAGGAGUUGGCCGCCUACCAGGACCUGCAGCGGGGCAAUGCUGGACUCCUCGACUGGUACCGGACCACAAGCUUUGUCUUGACCGGUCACACGGCAUCCAUCAGACCGCUCCUCCAAUCCGAGUACCCUUCCCAGGCAACUCUGGACAGCUCGGUCUUUGGGGCUGAUUGCCUCGAGGAGCUGACCUCGAGCACAGCGCCUUUCUUUGUCAAGUUUGAUGGGUGGGUUGGCCCAGCCUGGGGGAUAUUCUGGGACUGGGUACUGACGGGUGGUCUCAAGCAGUGGCUGCCUGAAGCAGACUCCCUGGGUCGCUCCCUCGAGCUGCUCAGGGACCGGGAGCUGGGGGCGGUCCUGCAGCAGUGGGAGGAUACGCGGGACGGGGACCGCUUCCAGCUGCUCAAGAGCUGGCUGUCUGGGCCCGGUGCCAUCUUCCCUGCUCGAGUGGCUGGCAUGGUGGGCGAAGCGACCUUGCCCCCAGUCUCCGAGACGGCUCCUAUCCACAGGCAGCUCAGGGUCGUGAACCCCUGGCGGGCCGACUGCGUGUUUCAGCCCCGUGACGAGGCGCUGUUCGGGCUGCCCGGCAAGUCUG